AUGUCACAAGAUUUGCAAAGAUAUGUUUCAAGCGGAAAGAUAACGAAAUUGAAGAGCUUUCUUGACCAAGGAAAUGUUGAUAUCGAUGAAAGACUUCCGAAUGGGUGGACGGCGCUGCAUAGAGCCACAGAAGAAAAUAAAGUCAAAAUGAUGAAGACUCUGAUUGAUUACAAUGCCUCAGUAGAUGCAAAAACAGAUGCCGGCUUCACGCCUCUGAUGCUUGGUGUCCAGUCUGGAAAUCUCGAAGCCAUCAGACUUUUAGUAGCGCACAAUGCAGAUGUCAACGCACAAAAUGGAUAUCAAGCCACGCCGCUGAUGCUCGCCGCGGCGGAGGGAAAGCUUUCGAUAAUUCAAUUCCUGCUGAAAAGUGGCGCAGACCCUGAAUUAAAGGACUACAGGAAACAAACGGCCGCCGACUGGGCAGAAGAAAGAGGAAACCACGAAGUCAUUUCCUAUCUCACCAAAUACGCCCAAGAUCAGCAUGGAAGCUUGACAAAAAACGAAAUCGCGGAAAUCAUGAAGCAGCACGAAAACACUGGAAUGGGCAAAAAGCGCAACUCGCGUUCCUCCUCGCUUCAGCCAAAGAAAGACUCGUUGUUCCCCGCUGACCUCUCCAAAAUUGACGAAAACAAGGAGGUCACCGCCGAUGACCUCAAACUCGGCCUGUCAAUUGGCGGCGCCUCGUCCUCGAAGCUGCAUCGUCCCAGCGAAGUGUCCAUAGUUUCAAAUUUUGGGGAGACGGACUAUUUGCAAUUGCACAGUACAAUCACGUCAUUACAGGAUCGCAUCGCUGAGCUCGAACUUCGCGUCAAAACCGACCAAGACCUGAUUCGACGACUAGAACGCGUAGAAUCGCGCCUUGGAAUCAACGAAAUGAUGACUCUCGUCGAACGAAAUCGUCAACUUGAAGAAAAAAUACGAACACUGGAAAUCGAGUCCAAGAAAAAUGCAGAAACGACGAAGAAAGAAACCAAAUCAGAUGACAAAAAGCACUCGAUUUUUGAUGUGAUGGAUGCAGAAAAGAGGAAAAAGUCGCUGAAAGAGCGCGGAGCAAGUCUUUUUCGAAAACUGUCAAUGGAUAGCUGA